CUGGCCAUAUUCCCCAAUCUUCCAAUCCCAGUAGUGAACAUCCCUCCUUGGUCAAUGCGACGAUUAAGGGUUCGUGAUUAGGAACUGGAGGAUCACCCAUAGACCGCCAUGCUCUUCUUGUGUUCCUCGUAGUUUAGUUUAAUCAUUUUCAAAUCCUUUUUAUUCAUAUUCUUAUUAUAUUAAAUGGAUCAUUAUUUUCAAAUUCCGGAUCAAUUUUUAUAUUAGUUUCCCUGGCAAUCGUGUUUCCUUGUUCAACGAGAAGAAAAAAAAGAAGAAGAAGAAAAGACCAGUAGUAGAGUCUCUUCUCCAGGAAGAAGGUUCGACCUUCUAUUUUAAUUUUAUCUGUGAAAGAAAAGAAAUAAUUCGAUUUUAUUCAGAAGAAAAUCUUUCAACAAGAUGACUAGUUUCAAAGGAUUUUAUAUACCAUCGUUUGGGGCGACAGUUAACGUUGCUUGGGAAACAUUAAAAGCUAAAUGGCCAGAAAAUAGUCCAUGUAUGGAAUUAAUUCGUGGUACAGGCAUGGCUGGUCAAGGUGAUCCUCAAACUCGUACCGGUGAAUUUAAAUCAUUCGGAGAAGGUGAAGAUAAUACCGAGAUGACAAUGAUGAAUGGUGAACAAGCACAAAGAGAACAGAACAACGUUGCUGUUGCUGAAGAUUCUUUUAGUUAUCAGAGAAAUGGAGACAAAGCUAGAACAGGAAGUUUGAGCAGUGGAGAGUUCAGCGAAUAUGAUGAAGGUGGUGGAGAAUUCGGUGGAUCUGGUGUGAAGAUUAACGAGUGGCAAGCAGCAUGGAAUGUUACCAAUGCCAUUCAGGGAAUGUUCAUCGUAUCUCUACCAUUUGCAGUUCUGCGAGGUGGUUAUUGGGCAAUCGCAGCUAUGGUCGGUAUUGCACAUAUCUGCUGUUACACUGGUAAGAUUCUCGUUGAGUGUUUGUAUGAGUUAGAUACAGUAACAGGUCAACGUGUCAGAGUACGAGAUUCCUAUGUAGCCAUUGCUAAAGAAUGUUUCGGCCCAAGAUGGGGUGCAAGGGCAGUUAACAUUGCACAAAUAAUAGAGCUGUUGAUGACCUGCAUCUUAUAUGUUGUUGUUUGUGGUGAUUUAAUGAUUGGUUCUUUUCCCGAAGGUGCUAUCGACACAAGAAGUUGGAUGAUGCUUAUAGGCAUAUUUUUACUUCCACUCGGGUUUCUUAAAUCCUUGCAACACGUUUCUAUGCUCAGUUUUUGGUGUACAAUGUCUCAUCUUUUCAUUAAUUUCAUUAUCGUCGGUUAUUGCAUCUUGGAGAUAGGUGAUUGGGGAUGGUCUAAAGUUAAGUGGACUAUAGACAUGAAAAACUUUCCAAUCUCGCUUGGUGUAAUUGUAUUCAGUUACACCUCUCAAAUCUUUCUGCCGACAUUGGAAGGAAAUCUAAUAGAUCGUUCCAAGUUCGAUUGGAUGUUAAACUGGAGUCAUAUAGCUGCUGCAGCCUUUAAAUCUCUCUUCGGAUGGAUUUGCUUUUUGACUUUUCAGAAUGAUACACAGCAGGUGAUAACGAAUAAUCUUCACUCGGCUGGAUUCAAAGGCUUGGUCAAUUUUUGUCUAGUAAUCAAAGCUGUAUUGUCUUAUCCUCUGCCAUAUUAUGCUGCCUGUGAACUCCUCGAAAGAGCAUUUUUCAGAGGUCGACCCAAAACGAUUUUUCCUACAAUUUGGACAGUCGAUCGAGAGCUCAAAGUUUGGGGUCUAGCGUGGAGAGUCGGUGUAAUUGUCUUUACCAUUCUUAUGGCUAUAUUCAUACCACAUUUCAGUAUUCUCAUGGGUUUCAUUGGCUCUUUUACUGGGACCAUGUUGUCUUUCAUAUGGCCUUGCUACUUUCAUCUGAAACUUAAAAGAAAUUCCAUGGAAUGGAGUGCAGUGGCAUAUGAUUGUUUUGUCAUCUUUUUAGGUAUACUCUUUGGAGUUAUUGGUGUAUAUGAUUCUGGCACCGCUUUGAUCGAUGCCUUUGAAAUUGGUUUACCUUUUUAAAUGUUUCAUAUAUUAUUUUUAUUGCUUUCAUUUUUUCAUUCAUUUCAUCUCAAGCUUGAGAGACAUUGAAUCACAAAUUUUCAUUCGAUUCUAACGGUAUACUACAAAGUAUGUAGUGUCUUUUGGAAAUAGAAAGAUAGACAAAUUUUUAUGAGUAACAUUUAAUAAAUGCUCGGAUUAUUCUAUCACCUGGUUGCAUCCUGGUUCUUCCAACGAUCUUCAAAAUGAUUCUAGUUGGAUUCGUCGAAAUUCUACAAAUAAAGUGUCUUCCAUUUAAUACUGCUUAGGGUUCUGUCGUAAUUAGAAAUAUUUUGAUGAUAUAUUGUACAUUUAAAUUCAACCAGAACUGACAUAUCUAACAAUAUGCAAGAUAACAAAGAAAUAAGAAAAGAAAUGAGGCAACAUUUCAUAGCUUCAAAAAAUUAAAUUAUUCCUUGAUCGUUGAGAAUAGAAAAAGAAAAAAAAGAAAA